AUGUUCAAUGAGAUAGAUGAGAACUUUGAUGACGUGGUUAUAAGGACCUUCAAGGUCGGCUUGCCCACCGAGCAUGAUCUGAGAAAGUCUUUGACCAAGAAACCAAUUAGAAGUGUACGUCAGCUCAUGGACCGCAUUGAUGAGUAUAAAAGGGUCGAGAAGGACCAGCAACAAGGAAAGGGAAAGGCUAAAGUGGUCCCUCAGGAUAGGAGGGAUUUCAGGUCUGAUAGGUACAACAACAACCAACCUCGGAGAGAUUUCACAAGGCAAUCUGGAUCUUCUACUACUCAAAGGCACACUACUGAAGAUUGCAGGACUUUGUGGAGCCACCUGGAGCAAUUAGUUAAGGUGGGAAAGUUGAAGCAAUUCCUGUAUCAACCCAACAGACAGGGUAGUCAGGCAGGGUCAGGGGCUCAGAGAGAUGCUUCCGCAAGGCCACCUUUAGGUACAAUCAGCGUCAUUCUUACUGCUCCGAGAAGGAUUGGUUCUCAGCCAUCCAGGGUGAUGUCUGUAACUCGGCCAUUUGCAAAUGACUCAUACCCUAAUCCAAAGAGGAAUAAAGCAGAAGUCCAGCCAGCUUUGAGCUUUUCAAAUGAGAGCAUGAUCAGAACCUUGCAACCACAUGAUGAUGCCCUAGUGGUCACCCUUAGAAUAGGUAGGUACAAUGUGAAGAGAGUGUUGGUGGAUCAAGGCAGCGACGCAGAGAUCAUGUACCCUAACCUAUAUAAAGAAUUGAAGCUGAGGUCCAAGGACCUGACCUGCUAUGAUUCCUCUUUAAUAGGGUUUGACAGGAAGGUUGUCUUUCCAAAAGGCCAAAUCCAACUACUCGUUCAGACGGGGACGGAGGUCAUGAAGGUGAACUUCAUCGUGGCGGAUGCCUAUUCCCCCUACACUGCUAUUGUGGCAAGGCAUUGGCUCCAUGCUAUGGGGGCCAUGCCUUACACCCUGCACUUGAAGGUGAAGUACCCAUUUGGGGAUCAGGUAGAGUAA